AAAAGGAAAAAACAACAUCAUCGUCUCCUCUCUCCCUCGCAGCACACCACACAGCCUCACACUCCAACACCUCCCCUUUACAGCACAAAAAGAGGCACUCUCAUUUCCGCACAAAAAUGGCUUCAAUAUCCACCCCCCUUUCAUAUUCCCCUUCACCUGUCCGUCUCAAACCACCUGUCCGUCUCAAACCACCUGAUUCCUUGCUCCUCAGAACCCAAACACUCCAUAAACUUUCCUUCAAAUCUCCAAACCCUAAGACCCCCAUUGGAUUUUCUGUCAAAGCAACCGCUGAUGUUACAAAAACCAUGGGAAUUAGGCCUGGAAGUGUUGUGGAGACUGAUAAGUUACCUUCUGAUGUCAGAAACCGUGCCAUGGAAGCUGUUGAUGCGUGUGGUGGUAGGGUUACUAUUGGUGAUGUUGCCAGUAGAGCUGGGCUUAAGUUGAAUGAAGCUCAAAAGGCCCUUCAAGCUCUCGCUUCUGAUACUGAUGGGUUUUUAGAGGUUUCGGAUGAAGGUGAUGUGCUUUAUGUUUUUCCAAAGGAUUAUCGCUCAAAGCUUGCUGCAAAGUCAUUAAGGCUAAAAUUUGAACCUUUAUUUGAGAAGGGAAAGGCUGCAGCUGAGUAUCUCAUCAGGGUUUCUUUUGGGACAGCUCUAAUUGCUUCAAUAGUGAUUGUUUAUACCACAAUAAUUGCUAUUCUUUCAAGUAGUCGUGAUGAAAAUGAUCGUGGAAGACGAAGAAGCAGAUCCUUUGAUACAGGAUUUGCGUUUUACUUAAGUCCUACCGAUCUAUUUUGGUACUGGGAUCCAUAUUACUAUAGGAGAAGACAACUAAGAACAGAUGGUGGUGACAAAAUGAACUUCAUCGAAUCUGUAUUCUCAUUCGUAUUUGGUGAUGGUGAUCCAAAUCAAGGAAUUGAAGAAGAGAGGUGGAAGUUGAUUGGACAAUAUAUUUCCUCUAAUGGUGGUGUUGUUGCUGCUGAAGAACUAGCACCGUUUCUUGAUUUGAAAACUACCGAGGAUAUGAGUGAUGAAUCAUACAUCUUACCAGUUCUUCUACGGUUUGAUGGAAAGCCAGAAAUUGAUGAAGAGGGAAAUAUUCUGUAUCAAUUCCCUUCACUUCAGCGUACAGCUUCUUCUAAAAGGAGUGGGAGGAAGGAAUAUGUGGGUAAACGAUGGGCAGAUUGGGUUGGAGGGGUUGGGAAGUUUUUCAGAGAGAAAACAUGGCAAUUCAGUAAGACAAGUUCAUCAGAGAGAGCAAUGGCCAUUGGGUUGGGCGGGCUUAAUCUAUUUGGAGUGAUCAUUCUUGGAACAAUGUUACAGGACAUGGCCAUUACACAAAAUGGAGGAUUCAUUAAAUUUGUUUCUAGCAUAUUUCCUCUACUUCAGAUAUAUGCUGGUUCUUUCUUUGCAAUUCCAUUGAUCCGCUGGUUCCUCGUUCUCCAAAGGAAUGCUGAAAUAGAAAAUAGAAACAGAGCAAGGGAGCAAUGUGCUCAAAUGCUUGAGUUACCUGAUAUUUCACUGAGGCGGAAGAUUCUAAGUGCUCGGGAUAUGGCCCAAAAAACAGUCAUAGGGCAGGAUCGCAUUGUCUAUACCACUGACAAGGACAUAAUUGAGCAAGAUGUUGAGGCCCGAGAAUGGGAUCAGAGAUUCCGAGAGAUCGAGAAGUCAGAUUGAGAAUGGGCUAUUGUUUGGGCUCGAGCCUGUAUUAAUAAUCUCAGAGUGCAUCAAAGUGUCUCUGCUUUGCAUAGCCUCCCAAGUGGAAGUCAUUUUUUGGUAUUGACAGUUGAAGUCAAUUGGAAGCCCUAUGCUGUCGUGGUGACGUUUGCAUUUGUAUGAGCAAGGAUCAACAGUCUCCUGGCAUUGCAGCAGGAUGGCAAUGACUUCGUACAAUAGUUGCAGUUUUCUUCAGUAACAUUUUUACCAAGAUAAAAUUCUUGGAUAACGAAGCUCAAGCUUACUUCCUUGUACAUAUAUUAUUGUUUUGAAUUAAAGAUGAUAUUACGAGAAAGGGGAAAAUAAGUAAAAUACAAAUUGACACGCAA